AACCUGUAAAGUUCGGACGUGUCCGCAGCAAGCAUUUGUCAGUUGUCAUGUCACCCAGGUUGUUGUUGAAUGUGAAGACUUUAUUUGUUUAAUAGAACUGAAAAUUCGCUCGAAAUGUGGUCGACGAAGAGUGUAGUGGCGUGCUGCGUGCUGACGUUAGCUCAGGUGUGCUCGGGACUGUACUUCCACAUCGGCGAGACGGAGCGCAAGUGCUUCAUCGAGGAACUGCCGGAGGAGACCACCGUGAUGGUGAACUACAAGGUGGAGCUGUACGACCCGCGCAGCCAGGGCUUCAUGCCGUCCACGCCGGGCAUCGGCAUGCACGUGGAGGUGCGGGACCCCGACGACAAGCCCGUGCUGUCGCGCGUCUACAGCUCGGAGGGGCGCAUCUCCUUCACCUCGCAUGUGGCGGGGGAGCACGUGGUGUGCCUCUACUCCAACAGCAGCAGCUGGUUCAGCGGGGCGCAGCUUCGCGUGCACCUGGACAUGCAGGUGGGCGAGCACGCCGUGGACUACGCCCAGGUGGCGCAGCGCGAGAAGCUGUCGGAGCUGCAGCUCAGGGUGCGCCAGCUCUUCGACCAGGUGGAGCAGAUCACCAAGGAGCAGAACUACCAGCGCUACCGCGAGGAGCGGUUCCGCCAGACCAGCGAGAGCACCAACCAGCGCGUGGUGUGGUGGUCGGUGGGGCAGACUAUCAUCUUGCUGGGGAUGGGCGCCUGGCAGAUGCGCCACCUCAAGAGCUUCUUCGAGGCCAAGAAACUGGUGUGAGGCUCGCCUGACGUCGGCGGAGUGUGUGUGUGUUUCACUGGAGGUGUAAGGAACCUGAGGUAACAGUGCUGUCCUUAUCUUAGUUUACUCCCCACUUUUAUUAAUAAAAACUAUGUCUCUUGAAGGCACAGCAGAAAACAUUAAAUUUUUAUUUUUAAAUUUUGAAAUCCAUCUUGUGUGGUUGCUGUUAAUAUGUUAAUGGUUUUCAUGAAUGAGAAUAACUAAAAAUUAUCUUGAUUGUUCCUUGAAGGUACAUAAAUAACAAAUGUCAGUCUACAUGUUCAGAACUAAACUUCUAGGCAUUGCUGUGUGUUACAAGAAGCUGUUAUUUAAAUUUUCAUAGUAAGUCAGUUUGGGUUCCAAACAAACACACCAGUUUAUAAAAAAAAAAAAGGUAAUUAAUUAUUUUUGAAGGUGGGUGAGGAAGGUACUGUAUUUACACGAAUAAACCAAGCAUAAUGUUUGUUCAAAUUUGUGCGUUAAAAGCAUGGCUUAUUCAGAUCUUGAAAACGCAGUGUGGCAAGUUCAGUAAUCCUCUCGAAGGUUGGAAAACCUGCUGUCGUUGAUUGGACCACGGACAUGUUGCAUUUUGGUGCGCGAGUGCUUAUUUGUGAGAAAGUUGAAAUUACUAAAGGUUUGUAGUUGGAAAACUUCAAAUGAUUAAAGAACUUUGGAAAUGGGA